ACGACCUGGGUAUAUAUGUAUGAAUUUUAUUUUCAGUAACGGGGUCAUUACCAAUUUUUCAUCUUUACUAUUAUGUAACGUCAGUUAUACAAAUACUUGCAGCUGAUUGGGAUUAUGAUCAAAUUGUUCGAUGUCGUUGGUCAUAUCAAUAUUCAUUAGAUGAAUGUGGAAGUACAUGUUUUGAUCUACCUAAUGCUCAAUUAAAUCCAGUAGAUUGUGCUAUUACAUGGACACCUGUUCUUCGAUCUGAAGAUAUAGCUAAUGGUCUAACUGAAUCAACAUAUGUAGUUGCAAUAACAGCUGAAGAUUUUGUUAAUGCGUCAAGUAUUACACCUCUUAGUUCAGUACCACAUCAAAUAUUGGUUCAUGUUUCUUAUAAACCUGUCAAUGCUUGUUCAACUAAACCUACUGUUUCGGGUUUUCCUCGACGUAAUCUAGCAUGCUACUAUGGAACACCCAAUUCAACAUAUGAUUAUACUUUCUACGGUAAAAUUUAUUGUCUAAACGAUUCAAUUGUUGAGUUUAUCUCAACGUCACCAUUCCGUGUACAAAAAGGAAAUAUAUAUCAGCAGAGCAAUUAUACUUGGGCUAUCUCCGUCAUAUGGACUCUACCCAACAAUCAAACAGGUCUUCAACCAUUUUGUAUAGCAGCUGUGGAUAACAAUGGUCAAACAAGUGAUCAACAUUGUGUGAUGAUUGCUGUAGGGGCUAGCAAUCCGUAUAUAAUUACUCCGAGAUUUGUUCAAAGUACGGCCUCUCCUCUCGGCACUGUUAUGGCUACACAGUCGCGUUUUAGUAUUGAAAUUCAAAGUAAGGACUUUUCUACAAUAUCAUGGCGAAGAUAUAUUGAAAUUUACAUAUAUGAAAUGAAAAUUAUUUACUUUAUUUUAUAG